UAUGAAACGAAGUUUUAACAUUAUUAACCUAACUUCAUUUAUGAUUGCUCGAGACAAUUUAUUAUCAGUUAUUUUUUAAAUAAAUUAAUGUUGACAUGUUAUCUACAUGAUUGACGAUAGUAAUUAAGUAAAGUUAGUAACCAAGACAACCUUAAAAUGUUUUUAAAAGGUGUUUUAGUGAUGUAUUGAUAAAUAAUUUACAAAUAAAUUUCAAUAAUUCAUAAACAUGGGUAAAAAGGUGAGUGACGUUAACAUCGACGAUUUAUUAGACGAUGAAGGAUGGUCAUUAUUAAACGAACUUACAGAAGAAGAACUAGAAUUGCUAAAUGCUGAUUUUGAUCCACAGAGUUUGCUAGCCCCCCUGAACGGAAGAAAAGGUGAAUCUACUCAAAAUGGACCUAUGUUCAAAAAAGAAGACUUAGUCGAGAAUCUUGAGCGAAUUGUUGCUGAGAGCAUACCGGUUAUAAAAAAUGAAAAAAUUCGUAUUAAAGAAGAAGUAAAGAAGCAAGUAAAAGAAGAAAAACUUAAACGUCAAUAUUCUAAAGAUCGACCUGCACUUGCACCUCAAAGAAGUAUUGCGCUCACUGACGAAGAAGAAGAGCUUUUGAACAAUGCAACUGAAGAAGAACUUAUUGAAGCUGCAGAGGAUGUUAAGCAAGAUUUCACAAGACCUUGCCAUGGCUUUAAAUUCGAAAACCAAGAUCGUCUUUUGGCUAAAACGGAUAUGAGUUCUAGUUUAUACGAUCAACACGCACCGCAUCGAUUUCACGACAAAUUCAAUAAUCUUAUUGCAUGCCAAGAAAAUCAAUCAGAUAAUACAUAUUCGAUAAAUGACGAAAAUUUUAAGAAGUUAAUGCAAUAUCAUGUUAAAAAAAAAAAACGUAAAAAGAUAAAUAAAUCCAAAUUAAGUCGGAUCAAAAAGUAUAACAAUUUUGUUUUACAGUACAACAGUAAGAUUGAUUCUGAAAGACUGCUAAAUAAAUGCGACGUAAAUAGAAAUGCUGAUAUUUUUGUUAAUUGUGAUGUUUUCGGAGAUAAUGCUAAUGAUGUAGUCAAUAGAGAUAAUGAUUAUAAAAAUGGUUGUAAUAAAGGAAGAGACGGAGAUAAAUUUAUUGAAGAUAAAAUUUUUAACUCAUCUAAAAACGAUUCUCUUGUCUAUAGAAAAAACAAAAAUAAUAUUAACGAUAAGGUACAUCAUAAUAAAGAUAAUACUAUUACAGAUAAGCCAUGCCAAAUGAACUUAAACAUAUAUAUUAAUAACAGUAAAAAAAGUAGUGCGAAAGAAAAACCAUCUAAAGUACACGGGAAAAAUUUAUCAGGAAUUCUUACAAAUUUAGGGGAAGCAGUUACUCAGGUUAAUUUUAGAAUUGACAUUAAAUUGAAGGCCGAUCAAACUGGAAUAAUAAGCACUUUGACUCGUUGUACUGUUCACCCGGAGCAAAAUAAUGGAGACAAUUUUAAUUUAAAGCAAAGUAAUUGUGCGACCAAAAAACCAACUCAAAAGGAUAUCACUCCAUUAAAAAGUCCAAACAAAAGAGCUACCUAUGAAAAUGAAUCUCGUGCUAAACGAGAAGAUAGAUCUGGAAGGCAAUCAUGUGACUCGGGAAUUUGUCAAACUCCAACAACCUUUGACGAAAUUUUUUUUGAUGAUGGAUACGGUACUCUUCAAAAUAGUUAUGCAGACGGAGAAAUUUUUGGAGCUUUUAAUGAUGAACAAAAUGAUUUUAGUCUAAAAUCUGACAGCCAAUACAGAAAAAAUUCAAAGUUGGAUUUCCAACAUCAAGGAAAUAACAUUAAAAAAUUAUCCAAUAACAUCACAAGUAUGAACACAUUUGCAAACUCACGUGAUUCAUCUCAAUAUCAGAAACUAGAACCAAUCAACAACAAACAGUCUAACUUAAGUUCUUUAAGCUCACAAUAUAGCGUAAAAGCAAAUCAAGUACAAAAUUCCAAAAAUUUAUUGCAUUCCGAUAUAAUAAUUAAACCAACAAGUUUAUUGGAAGAAACUUUAAAAAAGAGAGAAAAUGAAUCAAUAGUAAAAAGGUGCGAUGAACUAAAAAUAGAAAAAGAGACUAAAAAUUACUGUGAUAAAACAGAUCGGGAAACUUAUUCUUUUAAUAAGAAACAGGGCAUACAACAUAUUGAUUGUAAUGACGGGAUAAAAGAUCUUGACGAAGUUAGAAGCAAAUUAAAGAAAGUGAGAAUUGAUUCUGAACAAAAAACAAAUACGAAAAUACCUUAUGAUGAAAGACUGCCUAAGUCGAACAUUUUAGUUAAUGAUGAAAAUAUUAAAAGAAGUAACGACACUUCUAGCCCAUUGUAUAAAUUGCUUCAGCAAGAUAAGCAAAAGAGAGAAAGUGAAAAAGUUGUUGAAAAGGUUGUAGAGGCUGAUCAUCGCGGAGUUUCUGCUGCUUUAUUGCAGCAAGCUCUGUUAAAAAUGAAUGGCAUUUUAACCAAUGAGCAAAUUAGCUCUGUUUGGGCAGGAGAGAAACCAAAGGGUUCCAGCAUCCGUACAACAUCAUCGGUGAAAGCAACAGAGCAACGGAAAUGCAUAACCCAAGCUGACGAAGAAACAGAACUCGAUAUUGUAGAGCUCAUGAGGUGUUGUCGCGAGGAUACAGAUGAUUUGUUUUAUAUUUGUAUUAAUAACCAACCGAAUUUAGAGCGGAGUAUCAAGUUAGAAGUCAUUAAAACGGUUGAGCGUUCAUCAAAAGUCAAGCACCUUUCAAUGGCAAUGACUGGUCUAAUUGAUUUUGAAGUGAAAGAGCUCGCAAAUGCAUUACGUUACAACAGUGUUAUGGAAACCUUAAACUUAGAAUCAAACAUAAUUACUAUGCAUGGAAUAUUGGCUUUGAUGUCUGAAGUUGGUCGUCAUCCUUCACUUCGAGAAAUAAAGAUAUCUAAUCAAAAACAACCGUUUGGUUUACAAGGAGAAGAGUGUAUGGCAGCGGCAAUCGACAAGAAUGAAAAUAUUAUAAAAUUUGGUUACUCUUUCACGCAAGCUGGACCAAGGAACAAAGCUGACAGAGCUAUUAUUAGACAUAAUGAAAAUCUUCGCCAACGUCGAAAAAAUGGAGAAGAUGUUUAUGAUCUAAAAGUUGUUACAAAAAUGCGCGACGAAUGGCCUCAACCUUGGAUUAAAGUAAAAGGUCGUCGUGGUCUUGAAAAACUUAUUGAAAACAAGGUUUUAGACAUGGGUCAUAUGUCAAAUGGUAAUAGUAACGAAAAAAUGUCAGAUUCAUCCUCGACUAAAGUAGGCCCUUUUAAUAUCAAUGACAUUCUUACUCAACGAAAAUCAAAUUCACGAGGUUCAAAAAUUGAAGAACUAGAAAAAGAGCAAGAACGGAAAAGGAAACAGCAGUUUAAAGAAAUGGAAGAAUAUAGUAAUAAAAUACAUGAUCGUUCUUCUAAAAGAGAAGAAAAGGUUACUCAAAGUAAUAGUUCAGGGGAAACAGAUUACAGACGAGUAGCACAACCUUUACCCCAAAGCCGUGAAGUAAUGAAAGGAAUUAAUGUAAACGAAAUAUUAGCUCUUCGAAAAAACAUGCAACCUAGUUCAAAAAUAAAAGAUUUAGAAAAGGAACAAGAACGAAAACGAAGGGAACAUUUUAAAGAGAUAAACGAGUUAAGUAAACUAAACGACAGUCAAGAAUUGCUAACUGAUAACGGUUUAAUAAACACAGAAAGUGAAAAAAUCAAUGGAAGUACUUUAAAAACAACACAACAAGAUAAACAAGAAGAUAAAAGAGUCAACAAAUCAGAUAAAAGAGUCAACGAAUCAGAAAAAAAAUUAAACGAUUUGCUUUCGAAACAAGCAUCAACGAAAGUGAAUAAACUAGAAGAGUUAGAAAAGCAAAAAGAGAAAGUGAUGGCAAACGAAAAUAAACUAGUGAAUCAUGAAGAGAAAACUUUACUGUCAGAUAAUACUAAAAAUAAAAAGAAUGAAAUCGAGAAAGUUAAUACAAAGGAUAAAACAUCUAAUGAGGAUUUCAAGACUAAAACAUCUUCUCUAUCUUCUAAUUCUCCCCAUGUCACAAACUCGUUAACUGAAGAAAACUCAAAAGAAAUUAAAAAGUUUACAGAAGAAAAUGCAGCAAUAAAAAACAAUUUGUCUUCAAACAAUAAAACAAUUUCCAACCAACCCCGUGAACUACCUACAAAACCACUAGAAAAUGACGCCAGAAGAAAUUUAGAUUUAGAAAAAAAGAACAAUAUCGAAAAACAUAAACCAGUUUUAGAGGAAAAAAAAUCGGAUGAAUUGAAAAAGAAACUUCAAGUAGAUAACAAAGUCUCGAUGAUCCGCACUAAUAAGGACUCGAUAGAACUAAAACAACAUAACAGCGGUUUGUCACUGAACAACUCGUUAAAUGAAAAAAAUAUUAAAAAAGUAGAAGGUGAAAAUAAAAGCACAGAAGUAGCUGGAAAACUUCAAAAAAUGUCAACUGAUAAAAAUCUAGCUCCAACAACAAAAAAUGAGACUUCAGAAGUAAAAAAAGUUGAAGCAGAAAAAAUAACGGACCAAAGAGAAGCUAAAAAAAAGGAAGAUGAAGCUAAAAUAUUUGCUGAAGAAAAAAUUAAUACUGAAAACAACGAUAAAAGACAAAAACUAUUGUUUGAUAAUAAAAAUCUCUCGAAUAAAGAUUCUCGUUCAGGUGCAACAUUUGGAAUGAAUAAAGGAGAAUUAGAUAAAUUUAACGAACAAAGAGGGAACUUGAAAAAGGAAGAAAAAAACGUUGAAAAAAAUAAUAAGUUAGUAAGUUCUAAUAACGUAAGCAAUGAUGAGGAAGGUGGUCAUUUAAACUCUAAAUCGGAUUGUAAUAAAGAUAAUGAUCCACGCUUAAAGGAAAGCUCUCGUUUAAGUUCCAUUAAAUCUGAAGUUAAAAACAAAGAAUCAGAAAAGUUCAAAGAACAAAUAGAAAAUAUUAAAAACAAAAAAGAAGAAAAAACUAAAACUAUUAACAAAGAUAAAAAAGUUACUGAGGAAUCUGAAAAUAAACAGAAAGUUUUAUCGGAUCUUGCAACAGUUGAAAAUAAAACCUCUGGUUCAAAUUCAAGUUUUGCUGCUCCAAGUUCAAAAGAUAAUAGUUUCGGAAUGAAAAAAGGAGAACUUGAUAAAAAACUCAAAGAAACUAAAACCAAAGAGGAAGAAAAUAAUAAUUUAGUAGAAGAAAAAAAGAAAGUUAAUGACAUUGCCAAAAAACAGGAAUUACGCUCAGCAAAUAAUAAAGUUGAUAAUACUUCCGGUACGAAAGUUGGGACCAAUACAAAAGCUAGCUAUGUAAAAAAUGGGGAAUUCAAUAAACCGAAUGACAAUAGAGUUGGGCGAAAUAAAGAAGAUGAAGCUAAUAAAAAAAUUGAAGAAACAAAAUUUUCCGAAAAGGCUGGUAAUAAAGAGAAACUUCCGUUAGAUAAUAAAAAUGUGAACAAUAAAAAUGAUGUUUCUUAUAUUAAAAGUGAUUCACCUGAGGUCAAAAAAGUAGAAACUAGUAAACUAAAUGAAUACAGAGAGAGGAAAAAAGAAGAAGGAGCAAAAAAGUUAGCAGAAGAAAAAGGAAAAAAUGAAGAAACUGAAAGUAAACAAAAACCAUCGUCAGAUAACAAAAACGUUAUCGAUAAAAACGACGUCCUUUUAUCAAAAAAUAACUUGCUUGAAUUGAAAAAGGGAGAAACUAAUAAACUUGGUGAAAUUAAAGAUGCAAAAACAAAAGAUUCAGUAAUUGAAAGAAAACAAAUUACCAAUAAUAACGAUGUUUCUUUUACAAAAAGUAAAAUCCCUGAAAUGAAAAAAGAAGAAACUGAUAAACUUAGUGAAUAUAGAGAAAAAAGAAAAAAAGAAGAAGAAGCUAAAAAAAUCAUUGAAGAUAAAAAAAAAAGUGAAGAAACUGAUAAAAAACAAAAACUAUUGUCAGAUAACAAAAACCUUACCGAUAAAAAUGAUGCGUCUCUUACAAAAAGUAGGCCAUUUGAAGUAAAAAAUGAUGAAGCUAAUAAACUUAGUGAAUAUAGAGAAGCAAGAAAGAAAGAAGAAGAUAAAAAACUAGCAGACGGAAAAAAAAAAUUAGAAGCUGACAAAAAGCAAAAACUGCUCCCAGAUAAUAAAACCUCUGUUACCACAUCAAAAGAUGUUUCCGGGGAAGCCAAUGUCAUUAACACAAAAGAUGUCUCUGGGGGUAAAAAUAACUUUGUCACUCCCGGAACAAAGGUAAUUGCUGAUGUUUCCAAUAAAGAUAGUAAAUCUUUUGUUACACCUACAAACGAUAACAUGAUGGCUUUAAAUUCAAAUAUUAACACAGUUUCUUCUAAUGUAAAGAGUGAAUCUCCUGAAGUAAAAAAAAGAGGUUAUGAUAGACUUAACGAAUAUAGAGAAAGAAGAAAAAAAGAAGAAGAAGUUAAAAAACAAUCGGAAAGCAAAAAUAAGGUUGAAGAGGCUGAAAGAAUUACUACAGAACCUAAAGAAGUAAGAAAAAAAGAAGAUCAGUCUAAGACAAUAAAACCAAAGGAAGACGAGUCUAAAAGAGUCUCAGCAGAAAAUGUUUUGUUAAAUGCUGAGUCGGGUGCAAAAAAAGUUGAUUCAAAAUGUCAAGUACUUCCAAAAGAUGAAAAGAAAGUUAUCGUGGAAGACGAUAUUAAUGUGGAAACAAGAAAUGUUUGCAACGCAUCACCUGGUAUGGCUUCAACAAAUAAUUUUACAAACAAUGUUGUUACAGAUAUUUUUUCUGGUCGCACAGAUGAUAACAAUGAACCAAGGUUAAGUCUAAAAGAAAGAAUGGCAAGAAGAGGAAAAUAGUAAAAAAUAGUUUGAUUUGAGUAUUUCAAUUUUGGAUUUAAACUUUGUGUUUUGACUGGAGACUUGUAUAGCAUUGAGUUUUGCCUACAUAUGAGUCAGCUAGAUAACCAGUUCUAACAAGUCGGGUAAUUUCUCUCGCCCAUUUAUAAAGUCGUCCAUUCAAAAACUCGCCCAUUCAAACAAUUGUAUAAAGUUAAUUUUAUUUCACGCGGUUUUCAUAAUUUGUAAAUAUUUUUAAAAGAAAAAAUUUCCCCAUUUUUUUACUAAAAA